AUUUCUCAAGAUUACCAUUUCACAAUAACCCUCAGUUCUUAUUUAACAUUAUCAUUCAUUCAAGAUGCUACAUCCACAUGCUACCACCAAGGUACCAUCAACUUCAAUCUCAACAGCUUGUCUUCAAUCAUACGACGUAAUAAUCAUCGGAGCAGGCAUAGCAGGCAGUAGUCUAGCAUACUCACUCUCAGAUCCUCAAAGUAAAAACCCAAGAUCAGUCCUAUUAAUCGAAAGAGAUUUAACACAACCCGAUAGAAUCGUAGGAGAAUUAUUACAACCAGGUGGAUGUUUAGCAGUCUCAGAAUUAGGAUUAAGUGAAUGUUUAAAUGAAAUCGAAGCAGUAGAAGUUAAAGGGUAUACAGUCUUUUGGGGAUCACGUAAGAAUUCGAAUACGACUCAUGGUGGUAUUAAUUUACCUUAUCCUCCUCAAAGUACAUCAAAGAAAUUAGAUUGGAAAGAUGGUGCGCUUUGGAAUGUCAAGAAAAAUGGAUUAGAGAAACCUAUUCAAGAAGGCAGAAGUUUUCAUCAUGGUCGAUUUGUUCAACGGCUUCGUUGGAAAGCAGUCUCACGUGUUACAUUAAUUGAAGCCACUGUUACAGAACUCAUUAGGUGUCCUAAUAGUGGUCAUUUCAUUGGUGUGACAAUCCAAUCAGGCGCCGAAAAGUCUUGUUCAUUUUAUGCUUCACUCACAAUAGUCACCGAUGGAUGUUUCUCAAAAUUCAGAAGACAAUUAGCACCACAAGCAUUUCGUCAACCGAUUGUAAGAUCUCAUUUUGUUGGAUUAAUUUUACAAACACCUAAACCCUUUGAAACGAUCCCACAACCUGGUCAUGGUCAUGUCUUUUUACCUUCACAAGCUUCACCUUCUUCUGUGGUUGAGGCAGACGAAUCUAGAGUUGGUCCUGUACUUAUUUAUCAAAUUGGGUUGGAUGAUACUAGGAUGCUAGUCGAUGUUCCUGGUAGUAAAGUCCCAAGUAUCAGUAAUGGCAGUCUAAAGGAUUAUCUCGAACGUCAAGUAACCCCAAUCCUACCACCAACACUACAAGAACUCUUUCAAUCCUGUCUAGACUCACCAGACCCAUCACAUCGUCUAAGAGUAAUGCCAAAUUCAUAUUUACCUCCACAUUUACAAGAAGAUCAUCCAGGUGUGAUCAUGUUAGGCGAUGCACACAAUAUGAGACAUCCACUUACAGGAGGAGGCAUGACAGUAGCUUUAUUAGAUGUCCUCAAAUUGAAAAAAUUGCUCGAUCCUUUAGAUGAUCUUGGUGAUACUGAAGCCGUUAAUGAAUGUGUUAGAAAAUGGCAUCAGAAUAGAAAAGAAACUUCUACUUGUGUAAACGUAUUAGCUCAAGCACUUUAUACACUUUUUGGAGCAGAUGAUGAAAGACUAGAAAUCCUUAAACAAGGAUGUUUUCGAUACUUUGAAUUAGGAGGUAGAUGUGUAACUGAUCCGAUUGGAUUAUUAUCAGCUUUAAAACCUUCACCAAUGUUAUUACUUUCACAUUUCUUUUCAGUUGCGUUUUAUUCGAUUUGGAUCAUGAUUCAAUCUGAAGUUUCAGCUGCCAAAAAAGAUGAAAUCGGUUUAGGUUUCAAUAGGUUAUUUCAAAUACCUGUUUUGGCUUUUAAUGUGUUUUGGGCAGCUUGUGUGACUAUCUUACCUGUCUUAUGGGCUGAAUGGUAAUCACUCACAACUUGUGACUUUCUUUUUUGUAUAAGCAAUUUAAGUAGGUUUUUUUUGUAUGAUUUUGUUUUGUUUUGUUUUGUUUUGUUUUGUUAUCUUUUUCGUGGUCUUUUGAAAAACAAAAACUUAAAUUAUAAGUAAGAAAAGAUUACGCAAAUCGUCAUUUUUCUUACGUUUCUACAUAAUAAAGGUUUAAUUAAAAUAUACAACAAAGUUAUACUUUCGUAAUUACUUAUCUUUUUUACAAUUACUUAUUGCUAGAAUUAAUCAAAGUACAAUUAUGUUGUUUCAACAAUCUUUUGGUUUACCACUUAUUAAACAUGAUGUGUAUC